UUCCGCAUAGAUUUGCAGCUGAGACAUGUUUCUCACGCAGGGCUCGCGUCUGUGUUUCUACCUCUUCCAGGGUCAGUAGGCUAGAUUCCACCCCACCCCCUUCCAGAGGGAAAACCGAGCCGCUCAGGGCAGUGUUUCUGGAGGUGGAGCGGUGCCUCUGUGUACCAGCCUCAGCUGUGAAAAUCCACGCCAAUGAGUGUGCAGCAGGACAUCAGAAGAUUCUUCGGUGGUCUUGGGAAGAAACCUGGGAAUGAGUCUUUGGAAAAGAAUCGGGCUAAAAAUGUUGGCAAGGGCAUUUCAGAUGCAAAGAAGAAAACUGAUGCCAAGUUAAAGGAUUCACACAAUUCAAUAUCAGGAAAACCAAAGCCAGCACACAGGAAAAAACACAUCAUUUAUGAUUCAGAUUCUGAAUCUGAAGAGACUCCUCCAGAUAAGAAAUCCAAGAAGAACCCUUGCACCAGCAAAUCUAUGAAAGCUUCCAAACAAGACACUGUUACAGUGAUUUCUGAAACUGACGAAGAGGAGGAUUUUCAACAAAGUAGGAAGAUUGUCCAGAAAUAUCAAGAAAAUGGUGGCCACCCUGGAACAUCUGGCUCUGGAAGGUCUGCAGACAGUAAACCACAGGUCAAACCACCACAGCCUAAACCAGCGAGUCCAGUGAAAUUCACCUGCACUUCAGUGCGCGAUUACUUUGGCACAAGCACAGUGCAGAGAUCAAAUAAAAAACUGGUGGCUAGCAAAAGAAAAGCACCUACAGGCAGUGCUGAUUCCACGGUAGAUGACGAGGAGCUAGCUCGCCAGCUGCAGCUUGAUGAGGAUGCAGAGCUUGAGAGGCAGCUGCAUGAGGAUGAACAAUUUGCUAAAACACUGGCUAUGUUGGAUGAAUUGCCAAAAAGUAAAAAGGCACGUACUGAUUCUGAAGGCCAGGAACUGUCUUUAUCCUUGGUUGUAAAGGCUGAACCCCGAAAAACAGAUGAACAAGCAGGAGAACAUUCUGGUAAAACCAAGAUGUUGAGUGAAACUGACAGUAAUGUGAAAAAUCAUACUGAAAAAAUUGUAAGUAGCAAAUCGCAGAGCACGAGGACUUCUUCCCAACAGUCAUCUGAAUCUUCUGGUGCUAAAGUGGAAAAAUCACUUAGUAAAUUAUCUCCAGUCAAAAGCAGUACAAAACUUGCUAUCAUGAAACAUAAAGAAGAAUUGACUCAUGUGAUAGGGAGCAGUCCAACAAGAUCAGCCCGAGAGAAGAAAAUUUCGCCAAGGAAAGAGGAGACAACUGGGUUUUCAAAGAAAGGACAAACCAAGAUUACUCCAAAGAAAGAAGAAAAAACUGUCUCUUCAAAUAAAGAAAAAAAUUCUCCAAACAAAGAAAAGAAAAUAUCCCCAAAUAAACCUGAGUCUGAAAACCCAGAGAAUGCUGAAAAGAAGCGUCAGAAUUACCUGGCCUACCGUAGCUUCCUGAACCGCGAUGGCCCUCGAGCCUUAGGGUCUAAAGAAAUCCCUCAGGGAGCUGAGAACUGCUUGGAAGGACUUUCGUUCGUUAUUACAGGAGUCUUGGAGUCCAUGGAACGUGAUGAUGCUAAAUCUUUAAUCGAACGCUAUGGAGGGAAGCUGACAGGAAAUGUUAGCAAGAAAACCAGUUACUUGGUAACUGGUCGAGAAGGUGGACGAGCAAAACUGGACAAGGCUGAGAGUCUUGGAACAAAGCAAAUUGAUGAAGAUGGAUUGCUGGAUCUAAUUCGGAGAUUGCCAGGAAAGAGAUCCAAGUAUGAGAUUGCAGCUGAGAAUGAGGUUAACAAAUUGAAUAAUGCAAGAGAGAGUGGCAGGGUCAUGCAGAAAGACGAACACCACAGCAAGCAGGUCACACCGACAUUGAAGAAACAUUGUGAAGGUAAAAAGAGCAGUCCGUCAACACCUGAAAAUGGUGAGUCUUCAAGGUGUGCAAAGAGGAAUAUUUCAUUCGAAGCAGAUCCUCUCGACAGUGAACCUGCAGUGAAAUGUGAACCUCAGAUGCAGACUUUAGUGAAGGAAGAGCAGAGUUUGCUGUGGGUGGAUAAGUACAGACCUGCAGCACUGAAGAAUAUAAUAGGACAACAAGGGGAGCAGAGCUGUGCAAAUAAACUAGUUCGUUGGUUGAAGAGAUGGCACGUGAACAACUCUGGAGACAGCAAACCCACAGCGAAAUCCAACAAAUUUGGUGGAAAGGAUGAUGGUUCAAGUUUCAAAGCUGCACUGCUGUCCGGCCCUCCUGGUGUAGGUAAAACAACUACAGCUACUCUAGUCUGUAAGGAUGUGGGCUACAGCUAUGUUGAACUUAAUGCCAGUGUCACUCGCAGCAAAAACACCCUGAAGGAAGUGAUAGCAGAGUCACUGAACAAUACAAGUAUCAAAGGAUUCUCCUUAGGAGCACCAUCAGUAAGCACCAAACACUUGCUAAUCAUGGAUGAGGUGGAUGGGAUGGCUGGCAAUGAGGACAGGGGAGGGAUACAGGAAAUGAUUUCUCUCAUUAAACAGACCAAAGUUCCUAUUCUCUGUAUAUGUAAUGACCGAAAUCAUCCCAAGAUCCGUUCACUGGCCAAUUACUGCUUUGACCUCCGCUUUCAGCGGCCUCGAGUCGAACAAAUCAAGGGCGCAAUGAUGACUGUUGCUUUUAAAGAAGGCUUGAAGAUUCCCCCUCCAGCUCUGAAUGAAAUUAUACUUGCAGCAAAUCAGGACAUCAGACAGGUUCUGCAUAAUCUCAGUAUGUGGUGUGUAGAGAACAAGGCUUUGACCUAUGAUCAAGCAAAAGAAAAUGGCAGCAAGACAAGGAAAGAUACUAAACUGGGUCCAUUCGAUGUCGUGAGAAAAGUAUUUGCUACUGGAGAGGAGACUGCCCAUAUGAGUCUGAUUGACAAAUCUGACCUUUUCUUCCACGAUUACUCAAUAGCGCCACUGUUUGUGCAAGAAAACUAUUUGCAUAUGAAGCCCGCAGCUGCUGGAACAAACAUGAAGAAACACCUCAUGCUUUUGAGUAAGACAGCAGAAAGUAUCUGUGAUGGGGAUCUUGUUGAUAAAAGAAUUCGUUCUCUGCAGAUGUGGAAUCUGCUCCCUAUCCAGGCUAUUUAUGCCAGUGUGAUCCCUGGUGAAUUGAUGAGGGGAUACAUGUCACAGUUUCCAAGUUUCCCAAGCUGGUUGGGAAAGUUUUCAUCCACUAAUAAACACGAUCGCAUUGUGCAAGAACUUACCAGGCACAUGUGCCUAAGGACAUAUGCCAGUAAGCAAGCUGUAAACUUGGAUUAUCUUCCUUACCUGCGGGAUGCUCUGGUGCAGCCUCUGACACUUCAGGGAACAAAUGGUGUUCAAGAGGCAGUUGCAACAAUGAAUGCGUAUUAUCUGAUGAAAGAGGAUGUGGAUAGUAUCAUGGAGGUUAGCAGCUGGGCUGGUCGACCUGAUCCUUUCUCAAAACUAGAUCCUAAGGUGAAAGCUGCAUUUACACGGACCUAUAACAGAGAGACACACUUGACUCCCUAUGCACUACAAGCUGUAAAGAAAUUGAAACGUGGAAGUACAGCUGGAUCAUCACUGGACUCUGAUCUUAAUGAUGACUUUCAGACAGAGGAUGUACAGUCAGAAGAGACUGAGGAUAAUUUGGAAUUAGACGGAAUGAUUAAGCCAAAGAAACCAAAAACAAAAAACAAAACGGAAGAACAAAUAUCACAGAAAGGAAGAAAAGACAAGGGGAAACGGAAGGCAACCAAAUGAUAUUGUCCAGAGAUCAGCUGAUUUAAAAAAAAACUGAUUGUAGCUCUGCUGACAGGAAACAGAAUUGCAGAGACCAAUUUGAAUGUUUGAUGCUGGAUAUGACAAUUCAAGGCACAGUGUAUUUCCUUUCAGCUUCUAUAAAUUUAUAUUUACUGUCUUUACUGACUGAAGUAGAGAUGUGAGAAUUAUUCACUGUAUAUAUGCAAUGCAGAAAAACUACCCUUUAGGUAUUUUUUUGAAACUGUACAUUAACAAAAUUUGGCACAAAUUUCUUUUUUGAAUAAAGUAACUUUUGCAGUCUCAUCUGCACCAGGAAGGUGAUUCCUGUGUUACUUUCCCUGUGCAGACAUAACUGAAAACUGCUGAGAAAAGAUUUGAGGAUUAGCUGGUCUAUUCCCUGCACUGGGCUCUGAAACUUUGACAUCUGUGAAACAUUGCUCCCUGUUCUUACUAUGGCCUUGCUUGCAACUAGUUUGCCCCUUAGUAUCCAUAGCAGUUAUGUUGCAAGCUUGGCAUGUCAUCCCUUCUCUUUCGCCCUGACCCACUGAAACAAAAAUUCAAGUUCUUUGUUCUGCACUUUAUUUUUAUGAGUAUAUUAGUCAGUGUUGUGAUGAUGAAAACUGAAGAUGUCAGAUUACUUCCACUAGAGAGAAGCUGUUUACUCAAGAAUUCAUUUUAAUUCUGUGAUUGUUUUAAACCUCAUUCACAAAAGGCUUUCUGCUUGUAGGGUGACUAGGGGAAAUAUAUGCAAGGUUGCUCAGUUAUCACUUCCUUGUUCAUUCAAAGAUGUAUCAGCCAGUCAUGUGGCUGCAAACUAUAUUUUGUUAGAAGUCUAGUUACCAUUAAUAUUCUGGCAGUUUUUAUGUCCAAGCUUGGUGUCUAAUCCUGUUCGAUACCCUAACUUUCAUUCAGUAACUUAUUGUUUUGCCCCAAUUGAUAUAAUAUAAUGCCUGUUAAUUUCAUGGAAUAUUUUUGUUGCUCCUUCCGAUGAAAGUCAAAGCAAGUUGCUGUGUGGAUGUGUUGUUUUUUGUUACAUUAAAUGCAGUAAUGAAAGUUUGUGGUGUUACUAGGACUUGGGUGCAAGCUCCUUUUGUGCGAUGUUCACCAGAGAUGGUAGGAAUCAAGUGGUUACAUAAAUAAGCAAUGAUGGAGACUGUUUAAUCUUGUCAUGACAGCAACCUGUUGUAUUGUUUUCAGGCCUAAGUCUUUGGCUUCUUACUGUAUACUUGCAGAAAAGGUUGUUGAUACUUAGCAUUUCACUUACAUGGGGUCCAAACUCUGUUUUCUGAAGCUCUCGAUCAUAAAACCAGAUUUCUGUUCUUGAGUGUCAACAAAUAGUCCAACUUGCUGAAGUAGAUCCAAUGUAUCUAAGCAACAAUUUCUUCCAAAUUAAGGCUUAGCUUCUCCCUUUGGUAUUAGGGGGUUGCAAUUUUGUUAACAAUUUUUUUGUAUUUUUGUUUUGGGCAGAAUGAGGAAACUCAUUGCUGGGAAAGAUGGUCCCGUGGUUAGUUUUAUUUCCGGUAAAUUGAACUAUGGACAACAAUAAUUAUAAAAAAAAUGACAUAACCACUAGUGAAAGAUUUCUUUUAGAAUAACUUGAUAUGUUAACAAAACAAUAUAUUUUAGAAAGCCUGUUUACAGAGCGUUCAGAAUUCUUACUUGAAAUUACAGACUUUGGAGUUCAUCGUGGGAGCCAGGAAUUUUGGUGAGAUUUCCAAUAUUAAUAGUAAAUCCCAAAAAACUGAAGACAGUCCAAGGUAUGAUGUAAAACAGAAAUAAAUAAAACUUAAGAAUUUAAACUCAUUUGCAAAAGGGCAAAACUGGGAUCAGCUAGGACUCAAGCUAUGUAGAUGCAAUCAUGUCUUUCUCUAUUUUAUACUCAAUUGGUGUAGUUGUGAAUAUUCAGAUAACCCCAGCCUGACUUUAGCUCUAGUAAUGGGAAAUGAAAUAUAUUAAUGGUACUCCUGCACAAUGGGUUUUUGUUCACCUAGUAGGUAAGGAGAAAAUUCUACACACUGCUACUGCUCCCCAGCCAUGCCACAAAAAAUCCAAAACAAUCCACCAGGAAAUUGUCAGAAUUUCACUAAUUCAGUAAGGUUCUAUUAAUCCUAGAGUUGUAAAUGAAUGUUGAAGACCAGAAAUAUUAUGAUUUAAAUGGGGAUGGUUGGUGGAUUGCUAGAGCAAUCACAUUGCUACUAUGCUCUUGCCAUCCCAUUAAUCUCUCAUCCUUUGCUCUGAAUGUUGUCAAGUUGUGCCCAUGGUCUGGAAGAUCUUAGAACUUUAAAACAUUAUAUUUUUAAAUCUAUUUCUUAAAUGAGCUUGAUUAGCUAGGAUUCAAUUGUCAGGCCUGUUAGUUACUGCAGUGGUAAUGCAGCUUGCAUCUUAUUUAUUUGAUGCAUUCCUUAAAAAGACAGGUUUCCAAAAGUGACUGAAUUAUAGUUUUUUUUCCUCCCUCGGUAUAUUUUGAGCCACAAGACCUGGGUUCAAGUCCCACCUGCUCCAGAGGUGUGUAAUAGCAUCUCUGAACAGCUUGAUUAGAAAAAUAUUAAUUUUAAAAACAAGUGUGGCGUGGAGUUCAUAAAGGUGUUCAAAGCGCUGUUCGUGAAUGUUGGAAAGACUGUAUCCAGUGAGAUUGUGAAAGCUAACUUUGGGAUGCUCAAUUACCAUCAGCAUAGUUUUUAAAAAAAAAUUCUCUUAUUAAAUAGUAGUCACUGAAUUUUAAUUCAUUAUAAGCGUAAAUGGAUUUCUUCAAGAAAUGUAUUUACAAUUUUCACCAUAAAUAUAUUCAAAAAGAAAAAUGUUUCAGAUGUGCAUGUACACUGAAGAACUCCUGGGGCUUUCAACAAUGGUUUCAGAUGUUGGAUCUGUAAAAUAAAUGACAAAUCAUUCAAUGAAAACAGAAUGCUCAAGAAGUGCAGCAGGUCUGGCAGCACCUGUGGAGAGAGAAACAGUUAACACUGAGUUCAGUGACUGUUCACAUUUAAUUUUGUUUCUCUUUCCACAGAUGCUGCCAGACCUGCUGAGUUUCUCCAGUACUAACAACAUUAAAGGAUCACUGGCCCUCAUUCAUUUCUACUUAUCUGUAGUAAGAAAACUUAAGAUAAUCAAACACAAUUCAGGAAAUUAUAAGUAGGCUGUAUGCAUUUGACAUUUAGCUUAUUGAAAAUAGGACUCUUCACAACUUCAGUAAAUAUGAUCUUGACAUUAAAAGAGGAAACAAAAUAAUGUUGAACCAAAAAUGUGACCUGUAGUUUCAACAUGUGCAAAUUUAGUAUCAAAGAAUGCUUUCCCUUUAUCUAGUUCGAAAUAAAUUAAUGAGUAUUGGCAAAAUCUGCUAUUUAAUGAUUCUACUUAAUUGCUAAUAAUUGUUUCAGAGCAAAUGGUUUUUGACCUGUUCAGAAGACAGGCGUUCUAGCCCAUGACAAUUUGCAAUAGGUGAUAGAGCUGAAAGACUUUUUGUAUCGAAUGUGGUGUGAGCUAGUCAGCUGAAGAUGCCUGAAAACCAUCAAGUGGACAUAGGAAUAAAACUGUUUUAAGUUGCUUAUAUGAACGGGUUCUUCCCAGAAAGCUUGCAAGAAUUGGAAACACAUUGUAUCUCUGAAAUUCUGUGGUAUACAUCUUUCUUAAUUUCAUGAAAAAAAUACAAUUUCUUGCUUGGCAGCUAUUUCAUAGAUGGCUUUGAAACGAUUUAUGUUAAUAUAGUAUAGUUUAAUUGUAAACUAGGUACUGGAGAAAGAUUGAAUAAAU